AUCUCAGGCAGGAGGCAGUCUCCUGCGCUCACUCUCCUGCAGGCUGCUCUCACGCUGCUCUCGCUCUCUCUGACUGCGUAGCUGAGAAACACUCACUCACUCACUCACUCACUCAAACACACACCAUGAGGCUGGUCGUGCUGUGUGUUGUGGCCUCCACCACUCUUCUGCUGGCAGUCCCAUGGAGCUCUGCAGCAGACCCAGGAGACGGAGCCCAGAGAUGGGAUAAGGUCCAGGAUAAGCCUGCUACAGGAGAGGUUUCAGGGGGCUGCCCUGUGAGGAUGAAGCCUUCUGGCCAGUGUGGAGAAGAGGACGACUGCCCCUACCAGAUCACCCUGCCUCCACUGACCAUCCAGCUGCCCAAGCAGUUCAGGAUGCUGGAGAAGACCAUGAAGGAGCUGCAGAGCCUGAAGGAGACGGUGAACCGGCUGAAGAGGGACUGUCUGGAGUGCCGGCAGCAGGCUGACCAGAGCCUGCAGAGGGACAGCGGGGAGGCAGCAGGGGGUCCCGGUACGGGGAUGGGACCAGGGUUUCUGGAAAUACAGUCUAGCACCAGUAAGGAGGAACGAGGAGACGGGGGAACCAACACAGGACCUGAUGGGGAUGGCGUUGGCACUAGCACCGGUUCUGGUACUGGCAAAGGCACUGGCUCUACCAGCGGUUCUGUGUUUGGGAUGCAGGUGAAGAUGAACAAGAUGUCCAGCAGCCUGCGUAACGCACGGGGCCAGAUCACGGCUCUGCAGGGCCGUCUAGAGGAACUAAGCCUCAUCAACAUGAGGAACGUGGAGGCCAUCGUGGACAGCAAGGUGGAGAACAUCACUGGAGUGAUCAACAAGCUCAGCAACAACUGUAACCACCAGUGUGCCGUCCAGCCCUCUCCUCAGUGUACGUCUAUUUACUUAUUCUCUUGAUUUAAUUCAACAAAUAGCUUCUUGAGAAUUUGACAGUAAAAUGCUGUAUAACCUUUAACUGAUUUACAAAACCCUGUGUUAUUACUAAACUAUAAUUAUUCUGUAAACUGCAGAACUCCCCUGGGUGAAAGUGUUAUUGAAAAUAGCCCCUCUGUUCUCUUAUAGAAGCUCCUCUCGUCUCUUGUUAUUGCUAACCUACUGUUCUCCUCUAAGCUUCAGUCAGACAGACUUAUUAUAAAACCAGGCUUUCACGCACUGCAUGCAGUAUUUUACAGUAUGCCAGCCCUCUGUACUGAGUGUGAGUACUCUGCCGUAUCAAAAGGAGAAUCGCAGGUUUAACUCCAGAUCAUCACCCUUUAUUUAUGCAUGGUCCUUAGCUAACACUGCUACUGUACAAGGGAAUUACAUCAUU